GUCGAUCUCGUCGUACCAUGUGUUUUUUAUAUUUUUUUAUAUUCCUAGUUGAAUCCUGUAAUUUGUUGCAUCCCGAUGUCUUCAAGUAUCAUCCGCCUGUGAGACAGGUUCGAAAGAUAGUCGUGAGCCAUCAAUUCCCGAAAUCUCAUCAACAUAAUGAAGAUUUUGAAAUAGUGAAGAGUCAUAUAAAAAAAUUAAUGCAAUUCCGGAGAAAUUUGCUGAAGGAGUACAAGGGAUGUUUCGUAGUCUAGAUUUAAAUAAAAUUUCGACAUCCCGUGAUCUGAAUUGAAGAAUGGAUGAUCAGCAAUUUUACUGAGGUCAACCUGACAGAAAUUUUCUGUCGACACGCAUCGGCAUCAGCAAUAUUUACAUUCAAGAGUGAAUUUAAUUCAGUACAGAUAAUUUUUAUACACCGAGCACAUCGACAAUUGCAACAGCAAAUUAAUUAUCCAUUGUUUGCAAAUGAAAGAAAUUGUGGGGAUAUAAUAUAAAGUAUUUGAGAGUAAUGAUGACUUCCUGGUACGUGACAAUUACGUGGCUCACGCUGAUAUUUGUGGUGUCUGGGGUGAUCAGGGCAGAAGAAUUUACCAAAGAGCAUAGACAACUUCUGGACAAAAUAUCGAAGGUACUUUCUGGAGCGGAACCUCUGGCUAAUCGGAAAAUUGGGAAACGAGAGAAUUCACUCGAGCGCACGGAGAAAUUGAAUCGUGGAUUUGAAAAAAUGAUACAACUUGUUAAUGUUCUUGGACAAGUCGAUAGUUUUAUUACAGAUCGUGCUAAAGUUGUUGUACGAAAGCUCAAUGCGAUUUACGAUGUUGACGAUGCGAGACGUGCGCGUGGACGAAGUCCUUAAUUAAUAAUGUGAAUAAUUAAUGUGAAUAAUUAAUUAAUAAUGUUUGUUCGUGUUCUUUAUUUUUAAAUAUGACGGAUUGCGAGAGUUCAAUGGAAAAUAUCAAUAAUCGAGAAGUACCGAUCGAUUGGAAAAUGUCAUUAAAAAUGUAUUUAUGACACCGCAAGUUCAAUUUCUGUCUAAUAUUUUUAUUUCAAUUUUCAUUAACCAUAUUGCAAUUUUUAAGACGAUUAGUGAUUUUGUAAUUGAAAAAUUCUCGUAUCGAAAAUUUUCUAAACGCUCACUAAAUUUCUUCCCUUGAACUAUAAAAAAAAAGAUUUUUGUAAAAUGAU